AUGAAUAAUAUUUUUAAUUCUACUUACUUUAUUAUAUUACUAUUACUUUUUUAUCCAUUAAUUAUACCUAUCUCCCAAAAAUCUUUUGAUAAAAAUCUAGAAAAUCAUGUUAAAUUAGCUAUUAAAUUAAGCUUUUUUAUUAGCCUUAUUCCUCUUAUAAUCUUCAUUGACCAAGGAGUUCAAACUAUUAUCACUAAUAUUUCAUGAAUUAAUCUUCCUUCUUUUAAUAUUAACCUAAGCUUUAAAUUUGAUAUAUACUCUAUUAUAUUUACAUCUGUAGCUCUUUACGUUACAUGAUCCAUUCUUGAAUUUACAUCAUGGUAUAUAUCCUCUGACCCAAAUAUUAAUCGUUUCUUUAAAUAUCUUCUUUUAUUCCUUAUCACAAUAAUUAUUUUAGUUACAGCUAAUAACAUACUCCAACUCUUUAUUGGCUGAGAAGGUGUUGGAAUUAUAUCGUUUUUAUUAAUUGGCUGAUGAUAUGGACGAGCUGAUGCCAAUACUGCUGCAUUACAAGCUGUAAUCUAUAAUCGAGUAGGAGAUAUUGGUCUUAUUCUUAGUAUAAUCUGAUUAGCCACAAACUUAAACUCAUGAGAAAUCAGCCAAAUUAUAAUUUUAUCAAAAGAAAUUGAUAUAACAAUUCCUCUUUUAGGUUUAAUUCUAGCUGCAAUAGGUAAAUCCGCUCAAUUUGGACUUCAUCCAUGGCUCCCCUCAGCCAUGGAGGGUCCCACACCGGUAUCUGCCCUACUUCAUUCUAGUACUAUAGUCGUAGCUGGUAUUUUUCUUCUCAUCCGUCUUCACCCUUUAUUUAAUAAUAAUAAAGAAAUCUUAACUAUCUGCUUAUGUUUAGGGGCAUUAACUACUUUAUUUACUGCUAUUUGUGCUUUAACUCAAAAUGAUAUCAAAAAAAUUAUUGCCUUUUCCACUUCUAGUCAACUAGGAUUAAUAAUAGUCACAAUUGGUUUAAAUCAACCUUACCUAGCUUUCCUUCAUAUUUGUACUCAUGCCUUCUUUAAAGCUAUAUUAUUUCUCUGCUCUGGUUCAAUUAUUCAUGCCCUUAAUAAUGAACAAGAUAUCCGUAAAAUAGGUGGCCUAAAUAAUAUUUUACCUUUUACUUCUUCUUGUAUAAUAUUAGGAAGUUUAGCCUUAACCGGUAUACCUUUUCUUGCUGGAUUUUUCUCUAAAGAUGCCAUUAUCGAAUCUCUUAACACUUCUUAUUUAAACGCCUGAGCCCUACUCCUUACUUUAAUCGCAACAUCAUUUACUGCUGUUUAUAGCCUACGAUUAAUUACCUUUACUAUAAUCAAUUACCCCCGAUAUCCUUCAAUCUCACCUAUAAAUGAAAAUUAUAAACACUUAAAAAAUCCUAUCAAACGCUUAGCCUAUGGUAGCAUCAUAGCUGGUUUCAUUAUUACUUCUAAUAUUCCACAUAAUAAAACUCUUAUCAUAACUAUACCACUAACUAUAAAACUCCUAGCAAUCAUUGUUACUAUUAUUGGACUUAUACUAGCAUUAGAACUAGCUAAUUUAACAACUAAACAACUUAAAAUUUUACCCAAUAUAAAUACAUAUAACUUUUCUAAUAUACUAGGUUACUUUCCACCUAUCAUCCAUCGCUUAUUCCCAAAAAUUAAUUUAAAAUGAGGACAAACCAUUGCAACUCAUAUAAUAGAUCUCUCCUGAUAUGAAAAAACAGGACCUAUAAUAAUAAAAUCAAAUCAAAAAACUAUUAAAAUUCUUCAUACAUCCCAAAAAGGCAUAAUUAAAACUUACUUAACUCUAUCACUUAUUUCUAUAAUUAUUAUCCUAUUAUUUUAUUCAAAUUAA